AUGGCUCCGAAAAAGCGGCCUGCUGCUGCUGCUGCUGUGAAGGAGGAGCCGUCAACACUGCCCAAAAAGCAGAAGCAGCCUGCAAAGGCAGUCUCUCCGGUCGCGAAGUCGCCAGCAAAGCCUGCAAAGGCAGAGGUCGUAGAGCCACCCAAGCCUGCAAAGGCGACGGCUGCAAAGGCACCAAGUCCGGCACCGCCGCCGACUGGCACCGGAGCAAAGGCAAAAGAGCCUGCAAAGGCCGGGGCAGCUGGUAAGCAGCAAAGCUACCCGGCACCUUCCAAGGAAGCAUGGAAGGACAUGCGGUACCAGCUGCAAAGCCUGAGCAAGGCGGGAAAGGCUGCCCACCUCCACACGAGGUGGGCACAGCAGAAGACACAGUCCGAAAAAAGGACCAGCACGAAGGAGGUGCACAAGGAAAGCUUGCAAAAGCAGAGCGAGCUGGAAAGGCGAGUCGAAGGGUGGAUGACAGAGUGGGAGGUGGGGAAGCUCGAAGGAGCAGAUCCCACUCUUCCCAACUUUGAGAGCCUGUGCAAGGCAGCAGUGGUCGGCCUGGCGAGCAGGGACCACGAGGUGGAAGCCUGGGCAAGGGAAACAGUGGGCCAGCUCGAAGACGAGCCGUUCCGGCAGGUCGAAGAGGCCUUGAAGGUGCAGGCCUUGGCCUCGUACCCGGCCAGCCUGCAGGAGAAAGGCAGGGAAGAGCUUAAGGUGGAAGAGCUGCAGCUCGCAAAGAGCGGCUGCGAGAAAGCUCUGAAGGAGCUCAACAGAGCACUGGCACCCACAAAAGUGUGG